CCGAGGGCAGCGAUUUCGGAGAUUUCAGAUAAGAAGGGAAGAAAGUGGGAGCGAGAGAGGGAGGGAGGCAAGAGGGAAUCGCUCCGUUAGGAUUUAUACCCUAGAAGCGAGAAACAUAAGAGCGUGAGAGAGAGAGGGAGGGAAGGAGGAGGGCGGCAUCUGCACGGCGGGCGGCGGUGGCGGGGGAACGAGGGGAGUAGGUGGCGGCCGGUGGCGGGGGCGGGGGGAGCACCGAUUCUUUAAAUUGGAAUUCCAGGGUCGAAAAAUGAGGGUCUGAAGUUAAUUCGGAACAUGGCAUUGUUAGCACACCAGACGCAGGGUUCUUAUUCAAUCCAUUCCUUGAGACCUAAAGCAUUGACCCAUGAAGUGAGGUGGGGAUCUUUUGUAGCAUUUCAGUUCAGUGGAAGGAAAGAUAAGUCUAUACCAUUGAAGCUUCAGUUCCAUUUCAGAGGCCAACCUGUUAUUUUACUAAAAGGCAAAGCUUUCAAAGUCUCAUCGUUUAAAGGCAAUGCCCAGAAUGAUGAACGAGAAGGCAGAGAUAGUAGCUCAAAAUUUCCCAAGGCACCGGUUCAGCUCUCUGCACAACAAGAAAGAGAAGAAAUUCUGUCAGAUUCUCAUGAUGUGCAAAAGCAUUCACUAUCUUAUGCACCUGAAGUCAGGGAGGAAACUACAGCUGGAUCUCUUGCAAUACAAAAACUUUUCAGAAAGUGGUUGAUCAUGUUGCGAACACAGACACCUAGUCUGAGAAUGGAUGGAAACUUCCACGAAGAACCAGCUGAGAAUGUAACAAUUGAAGGUCAACAUGUAACUAUAAGAAUGAGGGCCGGGAAUAUGCUGAAGGCUGCACUGGUAUACUUCUUGGGACUUGAUGCAGCAAUAUCUGUCCCAUUAUUGAUAUUCAUACCAUGGUACCUAACAGUCAAAUUGGUGUAUGGAGUUGAAGUCACUAAGGAGUUGACACCUUUAUGGGUUCUUGGGCCACUAAUCGUCGCUUUCUAUAUAAAAAUUAUUCAAGGGCUCUGUUUGCUAUACCUUUUCCUCUUCAUGCAAGCUUCUAGACUGAUAAAGAACCUACCGAUUUACUCUUCAUUGGUCUAUACUUACAUUGCUCCGGGAAAGCUUAAAGCAUUUAUCUGGGCCCUCUUCUGGAAGCCUAUAAUAGACAUCAAAAACUUAGAUUACAAAGCUCUUUUGAGACAAAAAUUCAAACAACUUGAAGAGUGGGCACUUGAGAAAUAUCUGGAUUUCAUCGAAUUGAUAUGGCCAUACUAUUGCAGAACUAUCCGAUUUUUGAAGAAAGCCCAUUUCAUUUAGCUGCAGUUAUCAAAGAAUACAGUUAUCGUGAGCAUCUCUUUAUGUAUUUCAUGAACGAUCAUUAAGUUUGGCUAUAACUGAUGAUUUUUUAUGAGGAUUUUGCUAGAAAAGGUGAUGCAGUGGACAUUCUGGUAUUCCUCAUUAAACAAACUUUUCCUCCUUGAGAAUGAGAGGUUAUGAUUGGGGAUGUGACUUUCAGGUAUCUGAACUCUUUAUAGCAGUUAUUUGAUUUAUUCUGUAAUUGUUAAAUUUUUCAUUUCCCCUCUUAUUGUGAUGAAAUGAAAAUGUAAUGACACCAUUUGAUGAUCUGACCUUCACAGAUCUGAUACUUUGGGUACAUGAAGGAGUUAAUGUUUUUCUGGGGUUCAGCAUUGAAGUACUUUGUCAAAAUUUGUGAAGAUUGCCAUGUAAAAUUUAUGUUGUGAUAUUGACAGGUGAGUUUUUUCUCUAAUGUCUCGUGGUCCUGGAAGAAUCGCCUUCAAAGCUUUUGAGCUCUGCAGUAUGGAUUAUUUAGAUUAUAGAAUAAAUCAGCUUCCUAAUAUCUGAAUGAUGGAAGCCUUUUGUAAAAAAAUUUGGAAGAAAUAAUGUCUGUGUGGUAGUCAUAAGUGCAAGUUUAUUUUUGUUUGUACAGAUUUGGUCAUCAGCACCACAGCAAAAUCAGCCGACCAUGCUGCGAUGUUGUUUGUUUUGUGUGUUUAGGGGAUGGCUGUUCGAAUAUGGUUGUGAUUAUUGGGUGGGAUUGCUGAGUGCAGUGGUGUCAACUUGGAAGUUCAUCAAUUUGAAUGAUGGUUA